AUGAAAUUAUUUCGUGCAGAAACCGGAAAACGACUUGCUGUUCGCAAGUCUAUAGAUGGACUUGACACUCUAAAAGCAGAACUAGAGACAAUUUCUGGCAUUCCAAGAGCGUCACAAAUAUUAAUGACGAGUUUCGGAAUGGAAUUAGUACCGGAUAUGAUGGCAGAAGCUACACAGGCAGAGGGAAAGGAUGAAUAUAUAAUAUUUCUGUUUAACCGGGAGCUUUUAGACGCUAGCGUAAAAAAUGUUGAUUCUCUCAGCGAAAAUCCUAUAUUGGAGACGCCUGUAAUUGCAUCAGCUGCAGCUGCAGCUCGUAAAAAUCCUACAAAAUUACGUAGGACCUGGGAGAACGUUAAUCUGACAGAAGAAUGUGGUGAAUACAUAAAAUUGUUUCAAGCACUGCAAGCUCAAGGACAGUCGUACGUACGAUCUGCAGGAACGCAUGCUGAGAUAUGUGAGCGAUUCUAUCAAGAGCAAAGAGUGCAAUUGAUGGCACUCGGUGUCGCUAUGACGAAUCUUAAUUCUCAUAGUCGUUCAAUUGCAGAAGCUCAUCAGGACUUCUACACAUAUGCCGUUAAAGAAAUUUCUAAGAAUGAUCAAAUAAUCAAAAGUGUUCCCGAGAAUUUUGAAUUAAUGCGGCGGAUAACAAUACAUCCAGAACUACUGAGACUCUUGAGAAAAGAUUCAAAACUAACACAACAGCCACCUUAUGUCUUGAUAAAUUUUGUUGAUGUGGAUGAAUUAUCAGCAUUAGCUAAGAAAGGACGCGAGGUUUUUGAGCACCUUUCGAAACAAGUUUCUGAUCUUGAUCAAAAUGUUCGAUUGGUGCAAGAAGGCACUGAAAAUUUGCAAAAGAAAUCAUUUAAUGGACAUUUUCCAUCAAUGGAAACUCAAUUGACAAAAGUUCGCGAAUUAUUCGAAUCGAUAAAGAAAUUCAGUGAGACGCUGGAACGAGAUUUGGAACGUGUGAAAUCCAAAGUGGCAAAUCUUUUAAAUCCGAGUAGCUCGAAUAACGAUACCAAUGUAUCAUCAGCAGCUAUAAAAACUAUCGAGGCAUUCGAGCAGCUCGCAUCUAUUCAUGCACGCGACUACAUACCAGAUAUGGAAAAAAGGGAUCAAAACAUUCGCGAGCAAGUAAAGAUAUUUACUCGGUGGAAGAAUACCUUCACAGUAACACUAAUAUCCAGUCUUCAAGAAAUAUCAAAACUCGAGUCUUCUUUGGCUCGAAUACCUAAUACGCUGUCCGAAUUGGUUACACAAAUACGUGAACAAGAUUAUAAACGGUUAUGGGAUGUACAUCAAAUACCGCUCGCUUACGGAAUGACUAUAGUAGAAAUUGUGAGGAGAAAAGAGUACACUAAACUGCUCCUUGAAAAGUCACAUGUCGUCGCAGAAGUAAUGGCACAUUUUCGCGAGCUAGAACAAAAACGGCGCGAUGUGUAUCGUCUUGAACUUAAGAAACAUGUGCCAUUCAAUCUACCAGCGCUAGACGAGAAUCCACCAUCAUGCGAGAUUUCAAUGCCAAAUAUUCGAGAUGACCAGCUCCCAGAAUUUUCUCGAGAAGAUAUUCAAGCAUUCUUGGACCUAAUCUCACAAAUGUCCUCACCACAUACAAAUCAACGGCCCAUAAGUCAACAGACUAAAUCCGUUCGACAAUCGCAAGCAUCCGAAGAUCCGUAUUUAGCAUUGCAAAACACGCUGAUCAAAUCUUUUGGACAACUGGAGGGGAUGAAUGCUGACUUUCAACGGAUUGUCGAGAAAAGAUCUCGAACACCUACUUCUUUAUCACCAACUAUGCAAUUAUCGUCAGUUGGACGACGCGAAAAGCGUAACAACCGACAAAAUAUGUCCGAGAACGAUGCCUCGUUUGACUAUAACAACUCUAACUUUGAUCUGUUGCUCAUGGAAAAAACGAAGCAGCUCGAAGGAGCUGAAGAAAAGUUAAAGGCAUACGAAUCGCGUAUAAAAAGCCUCGAAAAUCUACUACAAACAAACUAUAAAGCAUCAAAAUUCACAACGCUUCUUCCCAACCCAGAUCCGUCUCAAGAAAAAGCGUUUACAACUACACAAGAACUAAGCAACCUAAAAUCUACACACGCGGGCGUUCUAAAAGAAAAGGACAUUCUGGAGAGAAAGACAAAAGAUAUCGAGGCGCAUUUUCGAGAAAUGGAGUCUCAGUAUGGACAAUUGACGAAGGAUAAAGGUGAACUAGAAGCGAGGUAUAAUGGUAGUGUUAAAGAAAAAGAGACACUCCAAAAUCGUGUCUUUGAUCUAGAAAAGAACCAACAAGAAAUGGCUGGUUUACUAGAAGAACUGAAAAAAGAAAAAGAAGCAUUGUCUAGAAGAGCUAUUGAAAUGGAACAGCGAUCACAAAAUCUGGAAGCUUCGCUUACUGAGGUCUGCAAAGAUAAACAGAAUCUUGAGAAUAUCUAUUUUGAUACGUUGAGAGAAAAGGAUGCAAUCGAAAAACAAAAAGAAGAGCUUGAGAAGCGGUGUCAGGAUGUUUCCAAGGAAAACAAUACCAACAGAAAUACCUUCCAGGAAUUGGAAUCGUACAUUGAAGAGCUCAAGGACUUCGAAUCUAAAUCUUCUUCGGAAAUCGCUUCCCUCAAAAAGGUGAUCGAAGAAAAUGAAAAGUAUAAUGAAGAAGCGAAACAGACCGAAGCGAGUUUGCGUGAAAAAAUACAUAGCUUGGAGAUAGACUUUGCCCAAACAGAGCGUAUGUGUGACUUGCACAAAGAGAAAUGGGACGAAGCAAAUGUUGAAAAGAAAAAAUUCGAAAAAAUUAAAAAUGAAUUGGAGCAGCAGCUGGCAGAUCUUCAAAAUAAUAUGCAGAUAAUGAAAGAAGAUUUCGAUCAGCAGUAUGAUAAGUUGCAUGAAGGACACGAAACGGUUAAAAAGGAAUUGAUGGACAAAAUCCAAAAUCUUGAAGAGCGUUAUGAGAGUAUGCUGUUGGAAAUGCUUGAUAAAUGUGAAGAACAUAAGAAAGAAUGCGAGAAGUAUGAAAAAGAAAUCGAAAAUCUUCAAGAAGCUUUGGAUUUGGCAGAUCAAGAUUGGAAAAAAACGUUGGCGCGAAAUCUUAGUGAAUAUGAAACACAUCGCGAUCAGUUGCUUGCAGAAAUCGAACUGUUGAAACUCAAGGCAAAGGCUGAAAAAGAAGCUGAAACUCAGACAAAAGAAGAACUUAUAAAAGCACAAGAACGAAUUGUCCAGAUCGAAAAUGAUUUGAUGGAUUUGAAGGCCGAAAACACAGAUUACCAAGAAGCUCUUCGAAAGAGCGAUAAACUCGUCAAAGAGAUAACAGAAUCCAUACUACAGAAUCUGCCAACUGUAGUUUCAAAUGUCGGCAGUUCCUCUGAUUCUGAACAGAUCAUGCCCUCGUCUUUAAACAUCAACCCAAUAAAAUUAAUACGAAAACUCGGGAUCGCUCUAAAUCUACUCAAUAAGGAGUUUCAGGAACAACGUCAGUCACUGGAGGAUACACGUAGAGACUGCGAUGGACUAGAAUCUGAUAUGAAAGAACGAACAACCUAUGCUCGUUUACUAAGUAAAGAACUAUGGGAAUACUACAGCCACAUAAGAACUCUAAUGAGUGAUAUGCAAGUAGCUAUCCCAAUAAGUCUGAACAUAAGACCUCCAUUCGAAAAGAUUUCCGAAUUAAGCGAUGACGAAAGAUCGAAAUCGCCUGAACCGACGCUUUCGGAUUCGUAUCUUGCUGAAGACUUAAAUCAGUUCUUCAAUAAUUAUACUUACAAUGAUGACAAUCGAGAUCAAGAAAACGAGUGGCCUAAAGAUAAAUAUGAAUUGUUGAUCACAUUGGCUCAAAAAGUUGAUCUCGAAGAAGUACGAGACUUACUACGUCGAUCGCCAAAAGAGGCUGAAAGCUUGGCAAGGAAAUAUCAAAAGGGAUACAAGAAUUAUAAGGAAAAACACAUAAAAGCAUUGGCAGAAUCAAAGGAUAAGAUCGCCUUCCGAAACUUCAAGGUCGGCGACUUGGCACUUUUCUUACCGACAAGAAACUCAACAGCUAAACCAUGGGCCGCAUUUAACAUCAGCUUCCCGCAUUAUUUCCUACGAUCCAACGAUUCAAUUAACAAUCAAACGAAAGAACGAGACUGGAUCGUAUCAAGAAUAACUGGGAUGACCGAGCAUGUUGUUGAUAAAGCGGAUCCAACCUCCAAUCCAUUUGAUCUGCCAAAUGGAGUCAAAUUCUAUUUGUUGGAUGUUGAGAACUUGGAAAAUUCACCUCAGCAAAUUAGUAGCCAUCAUCGUCGACGAACUGAUUCGAUGAGGCUGGAGAAUACCCGAGACAACAGUCAAACCAUGUCGAUGAGUGGUAUAAAAUCAAUGAGCAGCUCUUUAUCGAAUUUGACUACAACUACUAUAUUCGAAGAUCUGUUCUCAACGCGAAGUCCUAGCUCAAGAUCAAACCCCAAGCGAACAACAGAUUACUCGGCACAACAACAGCCACUACGUACAUCUAACACAGACUAUAAUAAUACUUUUGCUAGUAGUGUUGACAAUAAUGAUAUCGACAACGCGCCACCAACUCCAUCUAAACGUCGGUCAUUCAUUGAUGCUUUGACUCCCAGCCGAUAUCUUUCGGUAUUAAGUAUGUCAUCACCAUCAAUAGCAUCUCCACCAGACGAAGAAACCGUGGAGAACUCAAUAUUCACCUAUCAAUGA